AUCUGUGUCCAAUCACACCUGAUCACGUAUCAUCAGGGCACUGAUGAUCAGUGUAGCCCCAGCUGUGCCACCUGUCAGUGCCCAGUCAGCUGUCAGUGCUCAUCCCACAUCAAUGUGCCACAUCAAUGCCAUCAGUGCCCAUCUGAGCUGCCUUUCAGUGUCACCCAUCAGUGCCAGUCAGUGCCACCUAUCAGUGCUGCCAGUCAGUGCCGCCUAACAGUGCCAUAUAUGAGUGCUGCCUUUCAGUGCCACCUACCAGUGCCUCCUCAUUAG